AUGCAGACCGGGCGGCUCAUCGUGCGCAGCUGUCGUCGGAAAGACACGUGUGUACGAAUGCCCCGGCGGCCACUUGGGCAGCGUGCAGAUUUGCACCACGCAGAACUGGUCCGCAGUGCGGUUCAGCGUGGCGUAGGAGCCCGAUGCUUUGGCGUACACAUCGUGCACUUCGGACAGAGUACGGCCACACCGCAUGCGCAGCGGCGUGUUGCGUCUGCGAAUGCAACGCUGGCGGCUGUUGUCGGUAAACUCGACGUCAAUGAGUGGACACAGGAGUUGAAAAAGACGCCCCGGCUCGUCACCUCCGUGGGCUUGACGUGCCACGACAUCUUGGCCGACGCGAAGCGGUACUCCGAACACGUGCGGGGACGGUGCCAGCACGCCGUCCCAUUCCAGUUUGUUGUCCGGUGGGAACUCCCAGGCAAACACCGUCUGGUCGUUGUAUGUCUCGAUCAGCAGCUUCUGCAGCCGGAGGAACGCUUCGCUGCCCUCUCCGUACAGCAUCGGCAUGGAGAUGCCGAAGAGACCCAACAGCGAGUAAGCCAUGUCUUCUUGUCGGGUGGUUGUGCGCCGUGCGGCCCACGACAUGAUGCGGGCAAUGCUGACGAGUCGCAGGUUGCCGCCGCCGAGCACAAACUCGUCGAUGCCCGUGACGUGGGCGAGCAAGGCGAGCGCGUUCGUCUUGGUGGUGAUCUCGUUCCAAUGGUGAUCGAAAAAGACCAUGUUUUGUGGAGCAAUCAGCUCUUGCAGCGUCCAGCCGCGCAAAAACCAGCGGCUCUUGUCGAACGGCACGACGCGGUCCGAGCUGCAGGCGCCGUGCCCCGGCGUCGACAAGAGGCUGACGCCUCUGCAGACGUCGUAGAGGUACACAUAGCAAACGGCGGCCUUGCGAUAGUAGGCAUACAUGGAAUUGAUGGCCUCAGACAGCUCUGCGGACGAGGUUUUGUCGAUGCAGACCGUGUCGACCCAGAGAUAGUAGAUGUUGUCCUUCAAGGCCUGCUCGCAUGCCCAAUUGACCUUGAGCCAGCCCUGGCGCCUGGUUACGGCACAGGACUUGCCCUUGCGCAGCGUUUCUUUGGCAUGGCUGACGACCGCAAAGGUCAGUUCUCCGGCCUCCCACGUAUGGGAGAGGAUUGCAUAGCGCGGUACAUUCUGCACAAAGUCAACGACCUGCUUCGUGAGGCAAUCGAGAAGCUUCAUCGCUGGAAAGGGUUGGUCGUUCUUCGUUAG